GCGCUGCAUAGAUCAGGGGACAGCGCUGUGGUGCUGAAACAACACGUUACUCGCACAUCAAACCACUGCAAAGAAGGCAACCCGCAAUGGAGAGAAUUUCAUGGAUACUUUUUCUGCUCUCUCUCACAUAUCUGGAGGGAUCUUCGCAAGAUUUCGGACAGACACAGUUUAUCUGCACGUCUGUGCCCAAGGAUAUGGACCUGUGCGCAGCCACUAUGCAGAACACCGGACCAGCGGAGGAUCUGAAGACCACAGUAAUGCAGUUAAGGGAGACGGUCUUACAACAGAAGGAAACUAUCAUGAACCAAAAGGAGACGAUCAGGGAACUAACUUCUAAGUUGAGCCGCUGUGAGAGUCAGGGUAUUCUGGAGCCCGUGGCUGGAGGUCGGAGAAAAGAACCGGGCAAAAACACAAUGGGAGACGUGUCCCGUGGCCCGACAGAUACUUUAGCCCAACUCGGGCAGACUUUAGCCACGCUUAAACAGAGAUUGGAAAACCUGGAGCAUUACAGCAGGAACAACGGUUCUGUCCAGGCAAGCAGUCUUAAAGAUCUGCUUCAAAAUAAGAUCGAUGAUAUGGAGAAGCAGGUGCUGUCCAGAGUCAAUACUCUGGAGGAGAGCAAACCCGGGCAGAAGAACGACACGGAUCAGCGCAAUCGAGUGGAGUCAACGCUCACCUCCUUACAUCAAAGAAUUAACGACCUAGAGAAAGGUUCAAAAGGUAGCAGGCCACUUGACAAGUUUCAGAUAACAUUUCCCUUAAGAACAAAUUACAUGUAUGCCAAAGUGAAGAAAAGUCUACCAGAAAUGUAUGCCUUCUCUUUCUGCUUGUGGAUAAAGUCCAACGCAUCACCUGGGGUGGGAACCCCCUUCUCCUAUGCUGUUCCUGGGCAAGCUAAUGAGCUUGUUCUCAUAGAAUGGGGGAACAAUCCAAUGGAGCUUCUUAUAAACGACAAGGUUGCAAAAUUACCUUUCAUCAUCAACGAUGGUAAAUGGCAUCACAUCUGUAUCACUUGGACGACUCGUGAUGGAGUAUGGGAGGCAUUUCAGGAUGGUGUUCUGCGUGGAACUGGAGAGAAUCUGGCACCCUACCAUCCGAUAAAACCCAGCGGUGUACUGGUUUUAGGUCAGGAGCAGGACACACUUGGUGGAGGUUUUGAUGCAACCCAAGCCUUUGUAGGUGAACUGGCAAAUUUUAAUAUAUGGGAUAGAAAAUUAACAGCUGGAGAAAUCUACAACCUGGCAACCUGCAACAACAGAGCACAAGCUGGAAAUGUGUUGUCAUGGUUGGAAAGUAAUAUCGAUGUGUUCGGUGGAGCCACUAAAUGGACUUUUGAGCCCUGCCGUCAGCUCAACUGAACUGCAAAGUGAGGGCCAUAGCCAAGCUCAGAUUUAUGUUUUUAGUUUUGGUAUGUCUUUUCCUUAGUUUGACGUUCUUUUAAAAGAAGAAAUCUUGAUAAAACUAUUUAAAGGUACUGUAAGAGUAAACCUGGGGUUUCUAUGAAUACCUAAAUAUUUCUGGGCAAAACUAAGAUUUUUUUUUGUCUUGAUAAAACAGUUUGUGUUGGUUGUUUUGCAAACCUCAAAGUGACAGUUUUAAGCCAGGUUACUUUUAGUAUUAUUUUUUUUGCGGCUUCAUUUAUUUUUUGCAAGUGGUCACAGUUCUUUGCUUAUUUUGUCAUUCAUAUUUUUUUUUUGAAGGGGCCAGCAGCUGAACAGCUGUCUCUUUGCUUUUAGAUAGUAAAGCAACAGUGCAUCAGAACUGCAUCAUUCUUGUGUUUUCCGAACAAGACUUCACAAAUUGUAAGGUGAUGGUUUAUUUGUAAUCUGCACUUAACAGUACCCCAUUCUCACCGGAUUUUGCACUGUGAUGGACUUGAAAAUGGGACGGGAAAAGUAUUUAUUUAUUUAUUUACUUAUUUGUUCGCUCAUUUAUUCAAAAAAUAAUGAAGAAGAUGGCACUUCAUUUGUUUCCAGUGAUCUGACCAAUGUUUCUGCAAGAAUGUUGUUUAGUUGCCAAUAUGCUUAAAGCCUGAGUGCCUUGAGCUGAUGUAUCAGUUCAGCACAUACUUGUUUGCUUACUCGUGCUUUGCUUUAUCUUUUUGCUUUUGUUGAUUAAUCGUUUUUAUGAAAUGUUUAACAGCGAUUGUUAAGGCUCUGGUGUGUUUAGCAAUAACUGGUGUGUUUGUACUCUGUUCUAGGAAUGUUAUUUGUACAGUAACAGCAUGAAUUAUCAAAUGCUGCAACAACAACAUUUGCUUAUCCUAUUGUUUUGGGUCGGGUUUUUUACUGUAUUGAUAUAUGCUGAAAGCAUGGCACUACUGAGAGAUGACGAUGAUCUAAUUUUUGUAAUAAAAUUGUGAUAGAGAUAUGGAGAGAGUAUUAACGAA